AUGUUGCGCAACGCUCGAUCUGUCAGUGUGGCCGUGGCCACACUGACGCCUCUGGUCGCUUUCGCGGUAGGAGAAGCGGCGUAUCAUUACGACAGCAACAACAACGUCGUGCAUGCGAAGCAACAGCUACUGAAAUGGCGUAGCUCUUGCGAAAUAGAGAAACAUACGGAAGACUCGAAGACUGGCGCUUCCGCUUGGUUGGGCUCUGCGCCGCCAAAGUUCCCGUACUUAUUAUCAAUCUCAGCUGGUGAUAACCCAGCUAUCGUCACGAACGCUCUUCUGACAGGUGCCAAGGUGCUGGGGUCAUACGACGAGCCCACGAACGAUACGCUGAAGAGACUAACUGCACCAACUUCGUCUGUGGCGCUUGCAGUCCAUCGAAUUGCUACACAGUACACGGCUCUGAUGACUGCGCUUCAUGGAAAUGUGCCUGAAGACUUUGAUCCCCGUGUCGUAAUAAAAGCUAGUGCGGAGGAGAGGAUGAUGGAUGCGUUGCUGGAUGCGCUCCGCGACUUACAAUACAGUGAUACGAAUAGUGCUGACAAGGGUGAAGCAGAUGCUGCAACGAACUCGACAGCCGACGAAGUAUCUGCACCUCCUGUAUUCUUGCUGAGGGACUUUGACACGCUUAGCGACCAAGACGCCGAGCGAUGGCUUCGAUGGACUCACCAAGUCUCGAGUGAAGGCUUAGCUCACGUGGAAAAACACGAGUUACAAUUGCUCCCAGACACCAACCAAAUGAGCAAAGAACCCACUAGUGAUCAAGGAGAGCCGACAGAGGGGCACGUCAAGCGUGCUAUGGAGCUGGAGCUAAUUUUGAGUACAACUGGGAAUUGGUGGAGUGAUAUCGACGACAUUUGCCAACGACUAAAGAAUAGCAACCUAAAUGACGCACACAACGAAGAGCGACUCGCUACCAUUCAAGAAGUGUGUAGUAGCUUCAUCCGAGAUACAGAAGUCAAACUACUGCAAGCAUUGCACUUGGAUGGAAGCCUGCAGUUUCCUCGUGCCAACGACCACUCGGACUCCUUAUCAAGAGAUUCCGAUGAUGCAGCUGACAUCACUGACACGUCAAAAGCAUUCAGCGCAUUGGAAACCUGGAAGUGCCUUGAAACAUUUGCUGAUGUGGCUCCAGUAACAGGCGGAAGUUCUCUCAUUGGUUCUCCACAGCAACUUCUGGACCAGAAGAGCAAGACGCCACUCAACUGUGUGAACCCCGUCGAAGCGCUGAUGCCGUUUAACUACCGCGAAGAAGGUGAACAAAAGUUCUUGGACCUGAUGGAUCAGCAAGUAUUAUUCCUACGACCAAAGGAUGCUGUAGAAAUAGGAGUGAUCCCCUGCAACAAAGCAGCGUUAGUGUCUCCGUGCUGGAUCCAGACGCGGCCUGCUAUCAAAAAGGCUUUCGAGAAGAUACAUAUGCGAAAAGAGGUUGAUCAGUAUGAACAAGAGAUAGCGGAGCGACGGAAAUCGCUGUUUGACAUGAAACGCGACUUUACCAUUCUUCAGUUUUCGAUGACACCGGCCAAAAAAGCACAGCGGAAAGCCGAGCUUGCGCUCAUAGACAUCGAGCUACAAGCGAAGGAUGUGUAUCUGGAGAAACUCCGCUCGUUACUGACCGCCCCCAUCGUGUAG